CACGUCAAAAAUGUGUUCCUCAUAAUUAUUUAUUUUCUAAAAAUGGCUAAACAGCGAAAGAGAAUAUUUAAAUCCUGAUUUGGGCCAUCGCAACACAAUCUUUGUAUAAUCCGUAGCUACCAACAGUUCUUGCGUAUGCGUUAUAUCUGGCGUUAAUUCGAAAGCCAUGAAUGUUGUUGGUAACUUUACGAGGGCAUUUCUCGGUCUCGUUUUGGACACUGUACACUGCUCUCCCCUGCUUGGUAAAGAUAAUGGUUUCGGAAAAGACUAUGUAUGGGCGGGCUCUUUGGAGUCUGGAGUACAGAUUGCCUCGCACCACCAUAAACCUUUGAUGGUGAUAAUACACAAAUCAUGGUGCAAAGCUUGCAAGAACCUAAAGCCAAAGUUUGCCACCUCUCCUGAGAUCCAGUCUCUAAGCCAACACUUUGUCAUGGUCAAUUUAGUAGACGACGAGGAACCGGAAAGCAGUAGUUUUGCCCCCGAUGGAACAUAUAUUCCCCGAAUAUUGUUCCUAUCACCAACCGGUAAAAUCGACGGGGAUAUCAUAAACGAAGAAGGCAGCUCUCAACACAGAUACUUCUACAGUAAACCGGAGCAAAUAGCUAAAUCAAUGAAAAAAGCUCUUCAGAAGUACAAACACGAACGAUUCGAUGAAGUACCUAAAAGUAACAGAUCGAAAUAAAAUAGAGGGUGAAAGAGAGAAGAUAUCGAAUUAAGUACUUAUAUCGAAACGUCCGAGUAAAGAUGGAGCUUGUGGGGGAUAUUUUAAAUUAAAUUGACAAGCAAAUAUUGAAUUGUUUCAUAAUGAAAUACACUAUUGAGCAAACGACC